GUGAGGCUUGGUUCUUUGAAUGUGAAAGUGAGGCUUGGUUCAUGUAAGGGUUUGCAGAGCAGUGUGAAGAUGUAUGCUGACCGAUAGAAAUAGAGUCUGACUCUGGAUACAGGUUUAUGGGUAUUGGUUCUGGAACGUUAUCGCUCCAUAAUGGAAGCUUUGUUGGAAGGAAUCCAAAAAAAAGGAAAGACAGGAACACUUUACAGUUCCUGUGAAGCAGAGUUGCAAGAACUGAUGAAACAGAUUGACAUCAUGUUGGAUCAUAAGAAGGCAGAGUGGGAAGCCCAUACUGAGACACUCAAUACGCUUUUACAACUCCGAGAGCAGGAGUUAAAUACCUCCAGAGCUCGAGAAGAAAGACUGAGCCAGGAGAUCAAGUCUCUAAGAAAACAACUGGCAGAGCAAGAGGAGAGCAAUCUCAAGAAGACGGCAGAGUAUGAAUCUCAACUGUCACAGUUUCAGGAAGAGCUCAAUAAAUUGAAAAGAUCUUAUGAAAAGGUUCAGAGACGACACCACAGGCUGGAGGUGAAAGGCAAAGCGGAAGAAGAGAAGUCAGAGGUUGGCCGUCUGACAAGAAGACUGGAGGAAUUCCGCCAGAGGUCUCUGGACUGGGAGAAGCAGCGUCUCCUGUAUCAGCAACAGUUGACAGGAUUGGAAGCUCAGCGCAGGACACUUGCAGAACAGGCUGAAAUAUACCAGCAGCAAUCCCAAAGCCGUAAGCAGAUGCUGGAGCAAACAAGCUUGGCUGGUCGAUCAGAAAUGCAGCUUCUCGGUGGUCAGCUGGAACGUGCUAAUGAUACUCUCUGUGCCAAAGAAGGGGAAGUAGAGAGUCUGAAGCUGCAGCUAGAGUCCUUAACUUCUGGGCAGGAGAGAACAGAGCGUGAGCUUGAGCAGGCUCGGCACACCAUUAGGGUUCUCCAGGAGGAGAAAGCUGAGCUGAGGGCGACCAUACAAUCUCAGACUGACUUCUUGCAGGGGUCUAAAGCACAGAAGGAAGAUCUUCACAGAGAGGUGUGCCGGGUGAAUGAGACGCUGAGAGAAAGGGAGAGCAGCAUCAGAUCAUUAGAAGAAAGAUUAAGAGGAACCCGGCUCUCUGAUGGGUGUACAGAGGUGGAUGUUCUGCGCGCUCAGCUGUCCGUUAGCCAUUUAAAUGAGCAGAGGUUACAAGAUGAAGUGACCCGGCUAGAAAGUCAGAUUGGGUCAGUGACAGUCCAAUGCCAGCAGCUUGCUAAAGAGAUUAAGAAGAAGGCUGAAUCAGGGCAGCUGUUAGAAGAAGAGCACACAAAAUGCUGGACAGAAAUUAAGAAGUUAAAGAGCCAGCUCUCCCAGGCUGAACUGUCAUACAGCAGUGUUCUUGAUGGGAUGAAGAAGGAGAUCUCUCAGCUGACACAAGAACUACACCAGAGGGACAUGGGCAUUGCCUCCUCCAGCAUUACAGCCAAAGAAUGGGAAAGGAGAGUGCAAGGUGAAAGAGUCAGAGCUGAAAGAGAAGCAUCACAGCACAAGGUUUCCCUGGCAGCUUUGGAAAACGUAAGAAAGGAGAACCAGAAACUAAAAGAAAUGCUUGAAAAUCAAGAGCCAGAUGUCCUGCUGGCUUUGGAAAAUCUUGAGUGUGAGAACCAGAGACUAAAGCAAGAAUUGUCCCAGGCUCGGGGGGAUAUGGAGCUUGUUGGGCAGACACGAGAGUCUGAUAUCCAGACUGCAGUGGAUAGGAGAUCCCAGGAACUGCUGGGCAAACAUGAGGCAGAGCUGACUGCACUUAAUGAGCGGUUGCAUAAGGUCUCUAAGCAGUAUGAGGAGGUCCUGUGUGCUCUCCAUUCUCAACGGGAAGCCGCCUCUGUUCUGAAAGGUUUAAGUAGGACAAGUUCUCUGGAAUCGGUGUCGUCUGAGCACAGCCAAGCAGAUGUCCGUGUUAUAAGUGAGGACUCUAACCAGGAAUCGCAGCUCCCAAUGCCGCCGUCAUCCCCAGCCAGUACAAUAGCUGCACGGUUCCUCCAGGAGGAGGAGCUGCUAUCACAGGAUCUUAUUCAAAAACUAGAUUCUCACAUUGAGGAGCUGAAACAAGAAAGUCGCCGCACAGUGCAGCAUUUCACAGACGCCAGGUAACACGGGUGGGUUUCUGCUGUCUGUGCAAAGGCCACGAAGGACAUUGGAGUCUGUCUUAUCUACCAGAUGUCACUGGUUGGUCUUCUACUCACCUUACCUGCUUUACCUCAGUUUGUGUGUUCUUAAGUGUUCUAGACUAUGUAUAUAAGCCAUGUGUUCUUUAUAUACUCUUGUACAAAACAUACAAAUCUUUGUGUGGUGAAUUCAAUCUUUACAGUACAUGGUUUCUGCUUGUGUAAUAUUUCUAUGUAGAUAUUUUGGUGAUAUAGUGAAUGUGAAGAACUUAUUACUGCCAUAUGUCAUGUAUGUACUAUUCUAAUAAGAGACUUUGAAGCGAUAACAAAUGUUUCCCUGCAAGAGGGAAGGUAGUAUACACACCUCUACAGUGGCCUGUGGCCUUCAUCACUCUCCUGGGUAUUCAAUGCUUUUGAGAGUAUUUGAUGCCUUUUGCCCAAUGAUAGCACCUUCCUCUGACCCAAUGUCAUUGCUAAGUCCUGCAGUGACAUAGGAGUCAGAAGAAGGUACUAACAUGGUGGAAGACACAGGUAUCCAACACUUUAGUAAGCAAUGAAUAACAAAGGGACUGAUGGAGGCUGAAACAGAGGGGAGGGUCGGACACAUGCUUAUGGAGAGGUGAGUAUAAUAUAUAUUUUCUGGCAACAGGAUAUUGCACUUUCUUUGUUGCUUCUGGUUCAGUUUAAGCUCACCUUGUAGCUUGAUUUGUUUAUCUGGCCUAAAGCAGAGUUCAUAGGAAUUCAACUUCUACUUUACUGGAGACUAAUGAGAGAUUUCAGAUGUUUAUAAUAAAUUGGUAGGCACCAUUGCAGUUGAUCCUGGUUCAGCCUUUGCCGCAGAUUUGUCUUUUUUUUUAUUUAUUUAUUUUAGAAACUUUUAGCUUAAUCUUUUAAUAAAAAAGAGUACAUGACAUGGCAACCCAUCACCAACAGCCAGAUUUAAGCCUUGCUAAAUUAAAGGUGCUCGGAACAAUGCAUAAAGCGCAUGUCAAAAUAAUGGAAAUGGUGGACCCUUACCCUUUUCCUAUACUUGCUUUUGACAUUGUUUACAUCUCUGUUGCUAUUCAGUCAACAGCCAGGUACCUUAGUCACCAUAGGUGUUUGGCUCUGGGGGGGGGGGGUUAAUAAACACGUUGGCUUAUAUGAUUAUUAAUUGGUAUCUGUGGGUUACAUCACUUUGCAAAUUGCUCUUCUGCCUUAGUAAAGAGACACUGUCACCUUCCAUAUACAGUUCAAUGUCGCAAUGUCUUUGCAAAGCCCCUCCCCAGGGAUCCACUGAUACUCCAUGUCCCUGCCUUUGCUUCCAUUUUCAUAGUGGGCACCAACAUCUCCAGUGUCAGCUGGUGGCAGACGCUAAAGAGAGCAGUUACAUCACUCCUUUUAUGUGACGGUGCUCAAGCCUAACGAUCUGCUGCUGGAUCACUAAACCUUCCUAUCCUCUACAGCCAAGGAAGCGGCCAUCUUUGCCUCUGUCUGAUCUACAGUUGCUAAGGUGCUGCACCUGUGAUCAACUAUGAUAACAUAUAUUUGAUGUCUUGAUAGUUGGGUUUAGAGCUGGCAUAAGCACAGUAGCAAUUGUAAUAUACUUUUAAUGUAAUUGUUUUUGGAAACAUUUUAAUUGGUUGGUUUAGUUCUAUUUUAACGGAACAAUCUGAAGAUGGAAUCUGAUUCGUUACUAUGCACAGCUGCUCCAGAUUCUGUAUGCUCUACUUUUAGUACAUUAUUCCUAUUGGGUGUGUUUUUAAUCCAGUAGCAGUAUCUAGUAAUUUCUGUAUUUUUUAAAUAUGGUAAAUUGAGGCUAUUUAUUGCUAGAUAAUUUAUACACUGACCUGUUCAACAAGACAAAGAGCAGUGCAAAAGUACUGUAAUCUUUACUUAGCAAUUCCAGUUACCUGAAAUUAGAUCAUUGAGUCAUUGCUUGUUUGCUAUGGGGUCCUGCAGUUUUUAGACUGCUUUUUGAAUGCUAAGUAAGUAAAUCCCAUAUACCACUCCUGCUUUUGCCAUCUAAAUUUGAAUAUUGACCUAUCGCAUCAAAUGUAAACAACGUCGCUUUCUCACAUCUUAUUGGUGUCCUCUGACAUUUGUGAGUUUGCAUUAAGCCAAGCCUGUAGAGAACAGUGGCUGAGCUGGAGGCAUCAAUGACUGGCCUAUGUGGGAUCGACCAGUCCAUGCACAGAAAAUUCACAGGAACCUGAAGGAUGUAAACAUGACUAAGCUCCGAGGGGGGGGGGGGGGAAGAAACGCGUUGGGGGUGGCCUGCCUGUAGUCCAGGCUGAGGUUACCACUGACACAUUAAUCUUGGGGACAGCCAGCAUAGAUGUGCGGCUACUUUCUUAACCUUGCCUGAUUGCAGGAGCUUGGAUGAUCUCCCUCCCAUGCCAGCACUCCCAGCGGCGGAAGAUCAGCAUUUACACCUCGCUCCAGAGAACCCGAGCCGCACACAAAGCUAUGUCGGUCACACUGGGUUUUGAGAUGUUGGGUUUGUCUUUAUGUGAGGUCUGUGUUUUUUUUUUUUUUUUUUAGAUUUUAUGAUUGGGAAGGUGGGAGUACGCUAUAUCUUGUUUUAUUACUAUUUUUAUUUGAAUUUGAAUUGACUUUCUAAUACACUUUAACUGACUGCACGGUCACAUUCCUAAAAUGUAAAGAAAUAUUUUUAUACUUAAUAAAUUAUUUGAAUAUUA